AUGGCUGAUAUCAGCCUUGUACAGAGAACCGGUAGUCAUCACGUCGCAAGGGUCCGGACACCCGCAUUGGUCGGCUUGAACAACACCCUGCUGACUGAGCAAACAACAGUGCUAAGCGACCAACUUCCACCCAUCCCUCGCGUAGCUCACCCACGUGUCCAUCAAUUCUGGGGCAUCAUCCACACACACCUCCGACGGUUCUCCCGAUCCUAUUGCAGCUGGGUCGGGAUCACCUACGAUAAUCAAAUCGCCCAGCUCCCGUUCGGCCUUGUUCUGAAGUGGUCGGAUGGUACCCGGCUCGAGGAAGUUCUGGCCAUACAAGUCGCCAGGCAAGCCGGUCUCCCUGUACCCAGAGUUAUCUGCUAUGGCAAGCAUGCUGAUAGCCCGCAUGCGCCGGUUUCAAUCCUAAUGGCGCGGUUUCCUGGCAAGGAAUUAGGUCAGGUUUACGAUACGCUUAGCGACGAAGAGAAAGAGAUGGUGUUCCGACAGCUGGAUCGGUUUCUAACGUAUAUUAGGAACCGGGAGAAUCCGUGGGGCGAAAGCAGGAUCUGCUUGAUUGCGUAUCAAAAGGCGAUAAAUCGCGCUAGGAAGAUGGAUAAGCUAUCCCAUCGUAUCGUCUUUACUCACGGAGAUUUCAAACACUAUAAUAUUAUGGUCCGUGAGAAACGCAUUACAGGUUUUCUGAACUGGGAAUCCGCAGGCUGGUAUUCUGAGUAUCGGGAGUUCACAACAGUAUUAAGAUUCACGCCGGAGGACUUCUGGUGGUAUCACUUUGUGGUUGAGCUUGGUGGGAAGUCUUAUCUGCGCGAAUUGGACCGUGAGAGGGCAUUGACCUGUUUGACUAGUGCCUCUUAUUACUGGUGAACCUGAAUAGUCUGCUUCUUUCCAAGAUCUCAGG